GCAAUGGCGCUAACCGCAGCUGUCACCCACGCCUCCCGCGCGCUCCCACGCCGGCGCCACCGCCGCGGUCCGGCUCCGUCCACCCACCUCGCCCCUCCUCUCUCCACGCCGCCACCGCCGCCGCGUCCGUCGACCCUCGACCGCGUGCUCUCCGGCCUGGAGGCCCAGCCGCGCCUCCUCACGCCGUCCCUCCUCGCGCCCCUCCUCGCCGCGCUCCCGCUCCACCCGGCCCCGCGCCGCCGCCUCGCGGCCCUCCGCGGCCUCCUGCCGGUCUCCCUCCUCCGCCGCCACCCGGACCUCGCGCUGCGCCUCCUCCACAUCCACGCCUCCCUCGGCCUCCUCGCCUACGCGCACCACAUCUUCGACCACCUCCUCCCCGCGCGCACCCGCCGGGAGCGCGCGUUCCCGUGGAACUGCCUCGUCGCCGGAUACGCCAGCGUCGGCCGCCACGACGACGCGCUCGCGCUCUACCUCCAGAUGGACGAGGAGGGCGCGCCGCGCGACGGGUUCACCUUCGAGAGCGCGCUCCGGGCCUGCUCCGGCGCCCGGUCCGCCGAGCUCGGUCGGGCCGUGCACCGCGACGCCCUCACAGCCGGUCUCGCCGCCGACGUCUCCGUGUGCGACGCCCUCGUGGAGAUGUACGCCCAGUGCGGCGACAUGGAGAUGGCGUGCCAGGUGUUCGACGCAAUGCCGGAGAGGGACGCCGUCUCAUGGAACGUCUUGCUUGGUGGCUUGCUGGGGCACGGUGGCCUCUCUGCUCAGGCAACGGAGGCCUGGAGGAGGAUGCUCGGAGAAGGGCACAAGCCCGACUCCGUCGUGCUGUCGGCGAUGCUCUGGCAUCACCCUGGUGAUGGCAAACAGGGACGGGAGGUUCAUGCCUGGGUGAUCCGUCAUUGGCUCGAGACUGAGUUAUCAGUGGCAAACGCUCUGAUUGGAAUGUACUCCAGAAAGAAUGAGCUAGGCCAUGCCCUGUCCGUGUUCGAGUCGAUGCCGGUCAGGGAGCUAGCCUCAUGGAAUGCUAUAAUCUCUGCGCACAGCCAAGACUUCAGAGUUCUCAUGUUGUUUCGCCGCAUGGUGGACUCCGGAGCACGGCCGGACGAGGCCACCUUCAUGGCGGUGCUCUCCGCGUGCGACAAUCUAGGAUUGGUGGAGGGCGGCAUGAGGCUGUUCUCUGAGAUGGAGAACAAGUACAGAAUUCAGCCUACUGUACAGCACUGCACCUCCCUGGUGAACAUGCUAGGCAAAGCAGGGAUGGUCAAUGAGGCAUACGAGUUCAUGUCAAAGAGGAGGCGUCUCAGCAACGAGCCAACAGUCUUGAGGUCUUUGCUGCAUGCUAGCUCAGUACAUGGCAACAUCAGGAUAGGAGAAAUCUCCGCGGAAAAGCUGUUCGACCUGGAGCCUGAAAAUGUGCACAAUUUCUUCACUCUGAUGAAGAUGUACGAAAACACGGAUAGGUUGGAGGACCUCGAGAAGGUGAAGAAGAUGAUGAGGGAUAAAGGGCUUUAACGUUUGGCCUGUUGGAUCAUCACUGAUCACAACCUCUGUAUAUAUAGAGCUCCAGCAUCUUCUUUCCUGCCAAUUAGUGGCGAUUUCUUACCAGCUUGGCCCUGCAUAUAUAUAUACGCCCCUAAAUGAGGCUGAAUAUAUAUAUGGCUGACCGAGAAUUUUCCAGGGAUGAAAAUCUCAGCCUUCCAUCAGUACACGAUUGACCUCCUGUUUUUGACCCUUUUUUUUCAGAAUCUUUUGACACUUAUUAAAAGGUAAGAAUACGUACAUGUUCUGCCUAUGUGCUGCGCCGCCGUGUGGCACGAUGGAUCUGCUCCCGGAGGACGUGAUCGGAGAGGUGCUGCGGCGUCUCCCCGGUCGGAGCCUCGCGGCUUCCCGUGGCGUGUGCACGGCGUGGCGCGCCGCCGUUGACGGUCUCAACCUGCUCCUGCCGCACAUGCUGCCGCACUCCAUCCGCGGCAUCUUCACCAACUAUUUGGGCUCAUCGCGCCCGGGCUUCUUCGCCCGUCCCUGCAGCCCGGGGAUCGACGCCGCGUGCAGCACGGCAGACGCGGCCAUGGCAGCUUGAUCGUGGACCACUGCAAUGGCCUCCUCCUCUACGACGACGGUUGGUACUGGACGAACCUCUACGUCUGCAACCCCGCCACGCGGCGCUGGGCGCUCCUCCCGCCUGUUCCGGGGGAUCAUUACUACCCAGGUCUGUGCUUCGCCGGCGCCUACCUUGCCUUCAACCCUGCCGUGUCGCUGCACUACGAGGUCUUCGUGAUCCCAGACGUGCCGGAGAAAACCACCGAUGACUAUGAAGAGGACCCGGAGGGCUUGAUGGAGUGGCCACCGGCGUGCCAUCAGCUGAAGGUGUUCUCGUCGACGACCGGGACAUGGGAGUAGAAGGCAUUCGUCCGCGUAGGCGAGGCGGCCGGAACCGUGGAGGAGGUGCGGUCGCAUCUGGACGAUCACAACAUCGAACGGAAGGAGUAUAGCUACGUCGAGUAUUGGGGAGGAGCCUUGUACGUGCAUUGCCGCGCCGGCGCAUUUGUAUCCAGGUUUUGCAAUUCCGAAUGUAACUAUCAAGUAAUAAAAGCGCCGACAAGCAUGAAGGAAAACGAAUACAAACAAUCGCAUUUCGGAAGAUCUGAGAAGGGGAUGUAUUAUGCUAGUUUGGAUUACCUUAGACUUCGGGUGUGGAUACUCAUUGAAGAAUCACAUGACCAACCAGAGUGGGUGCUAAAGUAUGCCAUCAACCUCAACCCUCUUUCCCAUCGAAUGAACGCUUUAUAUUCUGAGGAGAUCAACAGGCCAUGGACCGUAGAUGACGACAACAAGAAAGAGGAGAAUCAACAGAGAGAUGAAUGGAACUCCGACAAUGAUGAUGUUCUAGAGUAUGAAUAUAGCCAAGAGAAGCAGAGUGACUGGGGUUUCCAGUUCUUAGGCUUCCAUCCAUACAAAGAGGUCUUCUUUUUGAGUCACUCUUACGCUGAUUUUGUGGUACCUUGUUAUUAUUUCAAUGCGGUGGCCUGUCACUUGGGGAGCUUGAAGGUUCAGUAUUUAGGUAGAGACCGUCCAAAGGAUGUCUUUCAUUGGCAAGUCGAAGAGGGAUCAUUUAUGUACACUCCUUGCUUGCUUGAUCUGCUUCCGCAAAGGGGCUGAUAUUGGAGUCAGCUCGAUCUCUUUGUUAAAGAUGUUUUAAUUCGUGCAAUCAAAAGAUAUAUAGCUCUCUAUGCCUCA